AUGGUCUUUAGGAUCAAAAUAGCCCCUGCGCCUACGCCGGUAACUUCUGUGCCGAAAACAACAGGUGACUCAAAACCAACGGUAUCCUCGAAAUCACUUCAGUUCUCACUCUAAUUGUAUCCCUGUUGCCAGAAAAAAAAACUAUUUUCUUAAACAAAGUCGUUUCAUCCAAGCCCAAUUUGAAAGUAAAGGAAAUUUUUCAACAAAUUGGGCGCAAGAAGCACAUCUUCAACACAUCUCUCAAAGCCAAAAGCUCAAAUUUCUCUAAAACAGUUUUUAGCGCUAAAAGAAUUUGUUUAAAUUUCGAAAAAAAAAAUACAAAUAUAGUUAGUUUUUCCCCGAAUUGACAAGGGUAACGCAGAGUUACGCCCACCUCCCCUCGGAAAAUGUUUUUCUGCGUUUUAUUCUUUAAAGCAAAAAGGAAAAAAAAUAAAAUAUUUCCCAAUUAUAUGUAAUCGACAUCGCUUAACACAUCGAGACAAAUUUUGAAGCUCUUAUCGUCUUUUGUGUUUUUGGACGGAUUUUCAAAGCUAAAAUCACAAAAAAACGACGAAACGCGUUGCGUACGCGACGCGGCUUUUUGCAGGUAACCCGAGAUCAUGAAAAAAACAAAACGAUCAACCCAAGGAUUGACUCUACAACUACUCAUUUUUUUUUCAGCUAGUGUGACUUUUGAAGCAAAAAAUACGAGUAAAGUUCAACCUGAAAAAACGACUUCGAAAACACUCGUUUCAAGUACAGUUCCGACAAUAUCUCGUAAUGAUAAUUUCGGUUAAGCUGUGAAAAGUAAACCAGUCUCCACUAAGAAAAGCUCGAAAAGGCCGACUGGAACGACUACGAAAUCGAGUGUUACUCCGACCGGUGCUUCAGUUCUGCUGUGGGAACAAAAAUUAGUCUUGUAACAGGUUCUUCAAGAAAUGAGACGGAUACCACUCGAACCUUCGGAAACACCAGCAUUUCCCCUAUCAACACAACUGUCGAUGCAACUACGUUUAAGCUGCAUACCAGUACCGCUCCUGGGAGCUCAUCGACAGACGAAAGUGAGUAUAACUUUCUCCAACUACUAGAUCUCCUUUCAGCCUACACGAGCAUGACAAGUACACCGUACUUUCCGUCGAGCACCACUUCUGAGACCCAUUCGAGCCGUUCAAACACGCCGAACGUAGCCAUUACAACUGUUUCUCGUCGGAACCGUCUAAACCCACGGCGAAGACAAGAGACUUCUCCUUCGCAUCGUCAAAACAAAGAGUGAGAGCCAAAAAAGACUCAAGUAAAGUCGGAAUGUUGGAUGAAGUCCGCUAAAAGGGAGAGGGUCAAAAAAGGUCGCAAAAAGAGUCCCUUUAUCAAGCCACACCAGUUCAGACCUACAGGGACUCGUCCGGUUUUCUCUGUGCCGUCUCUGCUGGUAGACCAUUUUUGACCACUUUUUUCUAUUCAAUAAAAUAAACACCAAUAUUUUCGACAUUAAUAGAUAAAAAAAUUUCAGAAAAAAACGGGUUUUUACUCAUUAAGGACGGAUUUCUCAAAUUAGCCCAUUUUUUCAAGACUUAAUUAAUAAAACUAAAAUUUCAUCUUUGAAGUUUCUAAUUGUGUUUUUCUUCAAUUUAGUCUAUUUUUUCUCACAAAAAACUCGUUAUUAACGGAGAUAUCGUCCGAAAACGGCGAUUGGUGCAUACACAAUUUAAACCUACAAAAAAUAUGUGAAAUAGUCGAUGCUUACAGUCGGUCAAAUUUUUCUUUAACAUUUUCUGAUGCAUAAUUUGAUAUUGAAGAUAAAUGAGCAAAUAUUGCCUCUUUCUCUUUUUUUAGCUUCAAAAAAUUUUUUUGUUGAUUUAUAAAAAAAUUUGGCAGUAUGUAAAUUUUUCGUCAGCGGUGAAUGCACAAGAAACAUCUUAUUUGACGACUUUUUUGGUGGGGUUUUUUCCACCUUUUCCGACUUUGCCUUUGAAUAAACUUUGGAUUUUCAAAAAAAAAAGCUUACAGAGGCGAUAGCAAGAGUUAUUUCACCGAAACAUUGUGAGUUGACUCCAAACAAUGAUUCUUGAAAAUCAAUUGUCAGACGAACUUUUGGCCUAGUGGCCCUGGUAGCGUUGACGGUGCUGGUGGUGGUGGGUCUCUUCGCGCUUUUAGUGGCUUAUUUCCGUCGCUCCAAGGCCGAGAAGAAAGCCCAAAAAACGGCGGAAAUAAUGAAAAAGAAGCCGAAAAAGGUUUUUCUAGUGAAGUCUCGAGAGCAUUCCUCUCUUCAGAAUCAUCGUCGAGCCUCAGUUCUCCCGAAGAGAAGACACAACCAUGACCACGACGUGCCAGUUCCCAAAACACCUACGCUAACUGGUCAAUUGGGCAAGUCUUUUCUAGGAUUAACCUUGUAAAUAUUCGAGUGCAGUUCAAAACAUUGGAGAGAUGGGCGACGCCAACUUGCUCGCUCUUUCUAGAAGCGAGAUGCCCAACGAGGGAUUGGAUCAGGAUGAAGUGAGUUCUUGGAAAAGAAGGGCAGCCGGAGUUUAGAUCGGGUUUAGGCCUAAAUUGAAUGCCUCGGUGGGACUCUAAAACGAGAUUGAAGCCUAAGAAAAACUUAUAAAAUUUUCUUAGGAAUUUCAGAGUGGUCCCUAUAGAGGUUAGGGGGAAAACAGUCCCUAUUGAGGACGAAAAAGUGGUCCUUAUAGGGUAAAAUCAAGGUGGUUCGUACAGGGGUUUAGACUCUGACCCUUUAGCCCCUAAAGUUUGUGGUCCCUAUAGGGGUCUUUCAACUUCAUUUAAAAAACGCUUAAUUUUCCGCAUAGGAAAAAAAAUUAAUUUUUCGCAUAGAAAGCUUCUUCUCAUGGAGUACAUAAAACUUAUGGAUUAGCAUUUCCCCUAUAGGGACCGCUUUUGAAAGCUUUAGGGGCCCCUAUAGGGGUUGGUCAAGUCGUCCCGAGAGGGGACACCCCUAAGUUUGCCCCUAUAGAGACCACUUCGGAGUUCCUAAGUUCUGUACCACCUUUUUCGUUCCUGAGAAUACACGCAAACCCGAAUCAAACUCCGAGAAGCCCCUUAGAAGAUCCUCAAGAGGUUCUUUCCAACUGAAUAAAUUCUCAGAAAGAGGAAAAGAGCAAGAAAGAAGUCAAGAUCGUGGAAUCGGCUUCUUCACCUAAACAAGACAUCACCACAAGAAACGACGACUUGCACUUUGUCUGUCUUUCUUGAUCAAGAACGAGUAAAACUCACGAAUUUCAGAGCAGAAGAGGUGAACGAGUGUUCCUACGUUCCGACGAUGACAUUGUAAUCGAAAAAGUAAUUGGAGAAAGUUUAUAGGGUAGGGAAAUUAAGUGAGUUUCAGGAACGAGAAGAUCAAAUAACACGAUGA